AGGAAGAUGUGGCAGGACAAGGUUCCGACUCCAUCUGAAUAUUUAUCUAAUUUGGGCAAGCCCUUUUUUUAUACCCUUCAUAGCCGUUACAGUAUAUAACUUUUGGAUUUUCCAGCUGUUACAAGCUUGUAUGAACCAGCGGCCUCUCAUACACCUUUGGACUUGAAAUUGCAUUGCUUCCAGAAUGUCUGAUCCUAGUCUCCAUGCCAUUCCAUUGUCAUCCGAUCUCGGGACCGACGACCAUGUUUCCAACGCCGAAGUGUCGACUCUACCGACUUAUACGGUUCUACAACUGAAAAGGUGAGGGACGAGCCAUCCAAAUCAACGUAGCAUUGGAAAAAUACUAAAAAGUACAUCAACAGACAGGCCGUGUUAACCGUUAUGGCAGCUUUCACAUUGACUUUCACUGGAUGUGGAUUAAAUUUUGCGUUCGGUGUGUAUCAGGAAUUGUACGAAACGUUAGGAGGACCCUUUCAAGGUGUCAGUCCAGCGCAAAUUGAUCUCAUUGGAACACUGGGAGUAUCGUUGAUGACCAUUGGAGCUCCCUUCGCAUCGGCAUGGGCCAAGACAUAUGGUCCAUGCAGAGUCACUCUGUUGGGAGGGACGCUAUUCGCUGCUGGCAAUGUUUUUGCGUCCUUCGGUACACAACUCUGGCACUUCAUCCUCGCGCAAGGUGUGCUGCUAGGGUGCGGGACAUGCCUUACGUACAUCCCCUCGGUGACGGUGGCCCCUGCUUGGUUCAACAAACGACGCGGCCUGGCGUUGGGCAUUGCUCUCAGUGGAACAGGUGUGGGUGGACUGGUGUGGGCACCUACCUUGCGAGCGCUCAACAGCGCAUUUGGAUUUAGAACCACGCUUCGAAUAACGGGUGGCGUCUCUUUCAUCCUCAUCUGUGGUUCGGCCUUUGUAUUAAAGUGGGAUCCAGAAAGUCAACGUCGCAAUGAAAUGAACGCUCAAAACAAAUUUAAAAUCCCGCUGGUCAAUUGGAACAUUGCUCGUAGUCGCCUGUUCAUGAUCAAAGCAGCAGCUGCUACUCUUCAAGCUGCUGCUUACUAUACCCCGAUUUAUUUCUUCUCCUCCUAUGCCAGAGCUCUGGGUUUCAGCGCUGUGGCUGGAGCCAAUUUCAUCGCCAUGAGCAAUGGUCUCAGUGCAGCUGGAAAGGUGGUUCUUGGCCAUGCUGCCGAUCGCUAUGGGCGACUCAAUAUUUUACUGAUCUGCACCUUGAUCAGCUCCAUUUCGAUCCUUGCACUUUGGCUUCCAUCCAGCGUACUUGGUAGUGGCGCCAAUGUUUCAGCCAUCUUCAUUGUGUUCACUAUCAUUUAUGGUGUCACAGCCGGUGUCUAUGUGUCUUUGUUUCCAACGGUAUUGGCCGAGAUCUUCGGUGUCCAGCAUUUCGCCAGUAUCAAUGGAUUUUUGUACAUGCUGCGUGGAUUAGGUACUCUAGUUGGGACCCCGGUGGCUGGAGCACUUAUUCGGAAUGGUUCGUCGUCAGUCAGCAAGUUACCCUCCAGCUUCACAAGCUGUAUCACCAUGGUUGGCGUUCUUCUCAUGGUGUCAAGUGGCGCUGUGCUUAUGGUUCGCUUGGAAGUAGGCAAGCGAACAGGUGCUUGGCGGUGGAAGGUGUAGGUUCCCAUGUUUUGUAGUUUUAAAUCCCUAUGUAUCAUAAGCAAAUGGUGUUGCAUAACAACACAUGAUAAAAAUGUACAUUUGUAACGCCAAACAUUGUAGCUGAGCUGAGCUGAGCUGGGUUCUCAG